UUAUCCAUAGAUUCGUCAAGUUUUGCAAAAUUAUUAAUCACUUCAACUACAAUAACGUUUUAAUUUUAUUUAUUCGUUUACAAUAGUAUUAUAGAAAUCAAUUACGAAUUAACUUACUACGAGUGACUAAUAGAUUAGUGUACAAGUGGUAGUCAAUUACGUGCAGUAAUUUUCAUAUGAUGUGUAAAAUAAUUUGUUUUAUUGAGUGUUAAUUUACUUUUCAGUUGCUUCUUUUGUUAUAACAAGUUUAUACGAAUGCGUAAAUAAAUAAACCCUAAAAGCUGUAGCUCAACUGUAGCUACCAUAACUAAUUUUGACUAUUGGAAAUGUACUAGGCUGCUUCGAAAAAUAAUGCAAUGUACGCUCCAGAUAAUAGAAGAAAGGAUGCCAGAGAUGUUAUUUAUCGCAGCAAUUCUAGUCUUGACUUGAUAUAUGCUGAACAUCCCUCCGGGAAUGGUUUGAGACGGGAGUACGGAAGUCAUGGUUCAAUUGACGUAAUUGGUGGUGCAAACGAUCGGUUACCCGCAAUGGUACACAGCUACAGCGGUGUGUCAGCUCCAGACAAGACACCCGGUCUCAACCGCACCGUAGAUAGAAUUGCUGAUGGCCUUACAACUGACCAUGCAGAUGGUCCUCCAUCAAGAUCGAGUGCCAGUCCAAAACCGCGACUCAAAUUGAAUAAACUAUGGGGUGGUGCAGCACCUGUGUUGAAUCGUCCAUCUCUGGACGAUGGUGGGCUUUCAAGUGUAGCUGAUGUUAACAAGAGGAAGCAGUUUGCUCACUAUGAUUGCCAAUCUCUUAUGGCUAACUUAACUUAUGCGGCUGAGAUCCGUGGAGCUUUGUUGAGCAGGCGUCGAAAUACUACAACUGGAGCAUCUGCUGCAUCUUUACUUGCAACCCGUGGACUACCUCCUGGAGAAGAUGCAGUGCCAGAUACAGGAGAUGGAAGAUCAAAUGAGUUGUUAGAAAGCUGUCCCUUCUUCCGAAAUGAGUUGGGAGGUGAAGAAGAACGAUGUGUGUCACUAUGUUGGAAGACUGCUCGCGGCGCUAUACUAGGCCAGUCAGGAGGCUGGCACCGUCCUCGCGCCGCUUACGGGAUUUCCAUGUUAGAGUUCCCUCCCGGACAAACACACUGGCGUCAUGGCUGCCCAUUUGCCAGAUCUCUUUCACCAUUCCCUAUAGAAAGCCAGGACUUAGGAGCUUUGUACUACAGGAAUUAUUUCUACAAUCAACCUCAUCAAAAUUGGUUUGGUAUGGACGAAAAUCUCGGUCCAGUGGCGAUAUCUAUAAAGAAAGAGAGGGUAGAACUGCGUCGUGGAGGUGGCGAUGUGUCUGCUCCCGCGUCCCAGUUGGCGUGGCAGUAUCGCCUCAUCUUACGAACCUCUGAGUUGCUCACACUACGUGGGUCCGUGCUCGAAGAUGCUUUGCCUACGACCAAACCUAGCAACAACAGUGCUACCUAUAACACUAAAGAUAUACUGGAAUAUGUUGCGCCAGAGCUGCAAGUUAGCUGCUUAAGGCUUGGUAUCAACAAUGGUGGAGCCGAAGAACAACUGUUACGACUAGAUGAACAAUGCGUUACGAGACAUUACAAAGUCGGUGUCAUGUACUGCAAGAGUGGUCAGUCAACUGAAGAAGAAAUGUACAAUAACCAAGAAGCUGGACCAGCUUUUGUAGAGUUUCUCAAGAUGUUAGGCCAAACAGUUAGAUUAAAGGACUUUGAUAAGUAUAAGGCUGGUUUGGACAACAGGACUGACUCCACGGGACUGUACUCCGUGUUCACCACGUAUCAGGGUUGUGACAUAAUGUUCCAUGUAUCCACCAUGCUGCCGUAUACUCCGAACAACCGACAACAGUUGUUGCGGAAGCGACACAUCGGCAACGAUAUUGUAACCAUUGUCUUCCAAGAGCCUGGUGCGGCGCCGUUCACUCCGCGCAACAUCCGGUCGCAGUUCCAACAUGUUUUUGUUGUAGUUAGGGCUAUAGAUCCAUGUACAGAGAAUACACAUUAUAGUAUAGCUGUGAGUCGUGCUAAAGAAGUGCCUUUGUUUGGACCUCCGAUAAAAGAUGGUGCGAUAUACCCGAAGGGCGAAGCGUUCACUGACCUAUUGUUAAGUAAAGUUAUUAAUGGCGAAAACGCUGCUAUUCAAUCACCAAAGUUUAGUACAAUGGCAACGCGCACGCGUCAAGAGUACCUGAAAGAUUUAGCGAAGAAUUAUGUAACUGCAAGUACUGUCGAAACGGGACAAAAGUUCUCAAUUUUCUCGUCAUUACUGAUGAAAAGUGGCAGUAACUCGACAAACAACACUUUGAUCACACGAGUCGACAACUGUACGAACGAUGUCUUGGUUGGUGGCGCUCUCUGUUUCCACGUGCAAGUACAAGAUGAAGGCGCAGGCGGUUCCCUGCUGGAUUGCAUCAUGGGUGUGUCGGCAGAUACCGUGGUGUUCGUCGAGGAUAGUACCAGGCAAAUUGUACUUGUUCUACCUACCAACUCUUUACUUGGGUGGGUGGUGAGUGGCGGCUGGACGCGCGUGUACUACCACCGCGGCGAGAGCGUGCGGCUGCGCGGCGGCGGGGCGGCGCUGGCGCGGCGCCUGGCCGCCGUGGGCCCGCCGCACGCGCGCGCGCUCGCCGAGCUCACGCUCGAGCGGGGCGCGCAGCCGCAGCUCGGAUUCCACGUCCAGCCGGACGGGCUAGUGACACUAGUGGAGAGCUCGGGCUGCGCCGCCCGCGCCGGCAUCAAGCGCGGCGCGCGCCUGCUGGAAGUGUGCCGCGCCGCCGUGGUCGCGCUGCACCACGACCAACUCGUAGACCUGCUUAAAACCUCGGAUCCUGUUACCGUGACGGUAACAUUCGCGUCGAGCUCGAGGUGCCAGUGCGAGGCGGGGCUGGAGGAGGGCGGGCCGGCGCCGGGCCGCGGGGACGCGCAGCAGCCCGGCCGGCCGCGCCGCGCCUUCGAGCGGGGACACUCGCCGCCGCGCUCCGACAGCUCCGGAUAUGGAACUGGUGGGUCGUGUCGCAGCGGUCGGCGGUCCCCGCAGUCGUCCCCGCGGCCCGAGGCGGCGCGGCCCGAGGCGGCGCGGCCCGAGGCGGUGCGGCGCCGCUCGCACGACGACGCGGCCUCCCCGCGACACAACCGACACAAACGGGCCUCCGCCAACACUUCCUCGCUUACUGAGGAUCUGAUCCGAAUGAUGGACGCGGAGCUAGGCGAGGGUGGUCGGGGCUCCGCUGUGAGUAGUAGCGGGGGCCCCGGGCCGGGCGGGGCGGCGCCCCUGCCCCUGCCAGAUGCUGGAGCCCUGGACUGGGCCGCGCUCGUACAUACCGCCACGAGGGCUAUGCUUCAGAUCUGUGAAGAACAUCAAUACCCGUCCAUGGACAAUACGGAUCCUUCAUUGGAGACGCUACCGAUAGAACCUACCACCGAUUCUUGGAAUGACGUCAAUACUACGACAGAGACAGUUCCCGUGGCCACACGAGAUGAUGGCGCUACGGAUGCGUGUGCGUGUGGACUGGCGGCGCGCGUCGCCGCGCUCGAGACCGACGCCGCCGCCGCGCAGCGACACAGGCACCAACUCGAGGAAGAGGUGCGUCGGUUACGGAGACACAACGCGCGGCUUCGUGAGGAGUCUGCGAGAGCAGUGUGGCAGCUGAGACACUUCACCCAGUGGCUCAAGAGGACCGUCGACCGACAAUGAGACUACAAAACAAACCUACACGUCCAAAAUACUCGGGAAUAAGUAUGGUCACAAAUUGUCAUCGAAGCCUUACGAAAAAUAAACGAUUUAUGUAAUUGGAGGGUUGUGAAUAAGCGUUAAAAGUUGAUUGUUUUUACCUAAAGUAAAAAAAGUAUGUUAACAUCAAACAAUAUGUCAUAUGAAUAGUAUUAAAUACUAACACAUGCUUCAUGUGAACAUGAACAUGAAAUCAAUAAUACGUUUUUCUUAACGCAAGCGUCUAUUUAUCAGACUGACAGAAUCUGAUGUUAUUUUGAUAUCGUUUUAUAGAAAUCUCUGUAUAGUAAUACUCUGGUGUUGUUUGACCCAAAUUCAAAUAAAAGUAAUCAAUAUAUUUAUUUGAAAUUGCUUUAAUAAAUCUAGUAGAUAAUUAUAAUUAAUUAUUGCUAUACCAAUCAGAGUCAGAUAACGUGUCGGAAAUAUACAAUUAAAAGAUAAGUUGUAUUACAAUCAUACAUUAAAAUAACCGCGCUUGAAACGGCGGCUACACGAAUAAAUGCGAAAGUAUAUUUGGCAUUUAUUCGUGUAGCAAUUAUGGUAGCUGUAGUUUUAAAAUUGUUAUAUAAAAUAAAA